CGCGCGCCGCGGUUAUGCCACAGCGCCACACGCAAACGAAGCAGACGCCGGCCGGUCGUGCGCAUAAAAACUAUUAAAUUCGAAAUUCAAAUUUGCCAAACGCUCCCGAAUUAUUGAACGGUGUUUAACAGAAACAUCACAUACUAAUAGUUUGUGAACACGUGUUUAAACUAUAUUUGUGAAAAUCUAUGGAACUCUAGUGAUUCUGUUGCUAGAUCUCUAGUGUUCUGGGUCACGGAAUAUUGAUGAAUUAGUGAAGCAUUGUACUAACCCUUGACCCCGCUGCCAAGAUGGAAGGGAAGAAAGAAAUUAAUCUAGACUCGGUGCUGGAGAGCCUAGGUCCGUACGGACGCUACAAUAUACUCAAUUUCGUGCUGCUGCUUUUCCCGAUUUUGCUUAGCGCUUUCUUCGAGUGUGGAUUUAUUUUUGAAGCGCAACAGCAGAAUUACAGAUGCGAAGUACCAGGCUGCGAAGGGCUAUACAACGACACCUCAUGGCUCGAUUAUUCGUUCGCCAUCCCGACCACACCAGACAAGAAACACCUAGAGUCCUGCGUAAGAUACGCGCAGAGCGGCACGGGGUGCACGGCGGAUCAGUUUAACACCAGCAAGGUCGUGCUGUGUGAGAGAUACGUGUAUGAGAUUGAUCAAAGCUUUAUGCAAGAGUUCGACUUCGCCUGCCAAGAGUGGAAGCGUGCCCUAGUGGGCACCGUACACAACUCCGGCAUGUUCGCCGCCAUGCUCUUCACCGGGGCCAUCUCCGACCGCUUCGGCCGUAAGAUUGCCGUCGGGAUCGCGGCGACAGCUUCGCUGGUCUUCGGGAUCCUCCGGGGCUUCGCGCCAGAUUACACAACUUAUCUUGUUAUGCAUUUCUUCGAGGCCGGCUUUGGGGGUGGGCUUUACCCGUCGGCGUAUGUUCUGAUUGUAGAGCUGGUCGGCCUCAAGCAACGCGUCAUAGUAUCAGCCAUGUGCAACAUGGCCUUCGUGAUCGGCGUAGUAAUCCUCUCGGGCAUAGCCUGGUUCGUCAACAACUGGAGAACUUACGUCUUUAUCCUCUACUCUCCUGCCCUCCUGGUCACAUUAUACGUCUGGUUUAUGAACGAAAGCGCACGCUGGCUACUAAGCAAAGGAAGAAAAGACGAAGCGGUCAAAAUAUUGAUGUCUGCUGCCAAAAUCAAUAGACUAGACCCUAGAAAACUUGAAUUAGACAAUCUUGGAGAUCCGCUUUUGAAAGCAGAGAAUCAAACUGGUGAUAAGAAAUCUCAAUUGUCCAAAGCGAUUCGAUCUUCUAUAAUAUGGAAGCGUCUACUGAUCUGCAUGUUUCUGUGGAUGACUUGUUCUUUUGUGUACUAUGGAAUGACGAUAAACUCUGUGUCGUUGAGUGACAAUAAGUAUUUAAGCUUUAUGCUGGUGACGCUGGUGGAGAUACCGGCGUACGUGGUGGUGGCGUUAGUGCUGGACAGGUACGGGAGGAAGAAGACAUUGGUAGUGACGUACACGACUUGUGCUGCGACGAGCAUUCUGUUUGCUUUCUUGCCAAAGGCGGCCUGGUGGUCUACUGCGCUGUACCUCGUCGGCAAAUGGAGCGUGACUCUUGCCUACAGCUCCGUGUAUAUCUACGUGUCAGAAGUCUUCCCGACGAACAUGAGACAGACAUUGAUCAGCAUCUGUUCGACUGCUGGUAAGAUCGGGUCUUUGGUCGCGCCGAUGACGCCGCUAUUGACUCUCUACCACAAGUCCAUGCCAACGGUCCUGUUUGGCGGUAUGUGCAUCGUCUCAGGGCUGCUGGUGCUGAUACUGCCCGAGACCAGAAACACGCGGCUCCCUGACACGAUCGAGGAGGCCGAGGCGUUAUCCAAAAAACGGAACAAUGUUGAUGAAUCUUAACAUGGGAAGCUAACUUAUAUGUUUGGUAGUCAUACACAUAUUUCUGCAAAUUGUCAAGGAUACCAUUUUUUCAAUAUCCACCCGGACUGAUAGCUGAAAAAGACGCUAAAAUAAUAACUUUAUUUUCAAAUCACUAUCUAGCUAGGCUCUAUACAACAAGUAAGCCAUCAAACCAUUCGAAGAAAGCUAUUUUUUUAUACCCUAUACUUACUUUGAUGUUCCAAAAUGACAUUUGGCAGCUAAGUUCUACAUGCAUUUACAUAUUUCGUAUCCUUUUCAUUUGAAUCCAAAAUUAAAUUUGCUUUAUGUGGAAUCGUUUGGCAGUAUUUUACUGCUUUUGGCAGAUAGCCCAUUCUCUAAUGCUGUUAGUGUUUUCUAUGUCUGAUUACAGAAUAGUAUACGAAUAACCUUACGCCCAUGAUUUAUUCUAGAGUAUAAGACUAAUGGUGACUGUAGUGAGAAUAUUAUGAAAGUAUGACUUAUUUAAUGACCAGGUUCUCUAAUUAUAAGAUUAAGAUCCAACAUAGAAAAAAGGUAGUAAAUGAUUAAGUAAUUUACCAUAAAAAAAAACAAUGCAGACUUUGACAUUUGGUAACAACUACAAUAGAAAUAAAAAAAAGUAACGUCCAGUCUAUUUGUGUAAAUUUUAUAUUACUAGAAACAGUUUUCUUGAAUCGUAAAAUGUAAGAAGGUAAGUUUUUUACAACUUUAACAGUUCGGUCAGCUGCAUCUUCACAAUACGCUAUCAAAGCUACAUUGUACAGUGUCUUAUUGUCUGACAAUGUCGUAUAACCACCUGUCGUAAAACUAACGUUGAAAGUUUCAAGUAUUUUAUAAACAAAGUUAUUUCUUAAUAAAUGAAACCGUUAAUAAAUCUAAAUCUGUCUGCUUUAAAGAAUAAACGAUUUUUUCAGUUCAAGUUUGUUAUCGAUUUAACUGAAAUAUUUUUAUUAGUUACUUAUUACCUUAUUAGGUACUAUUUUAUAGCAGAAAGCAAUUUUGCGUUUUUGAUGACUGUUUUUCUGUUUAUGUCAUGUGUUGUAUAAAACGUACGUAUGUACUUAGUAUCAACUUAAACAAAUUACCUACUUAAACUUACCUAAUAAGAAUGAAUAAUUUACCGUCUAUUUCUACUUAGCAAAGCUCGAAUAACUUUAUUUUUACAAUUACAGAAUUGUUUCAAUUGUCAUUUUACUAUUUAUUAUCUAUGUUUUUGUAAUUAUUCGCAAAAGAAAUCUGUUGACAAGCGCUUUAUUGUGGAAAUAAAAAAUAAUAAUUGUAAGAAUGAAUAUCUUUCAUCUUCAAUAAUUAUGGUUGUUAUUUUUUUUAAAUACAUACAUGAAAGUUUUUAAAAACCCCCAAGGUAUAUAAAACAAUACAUUAAUUAACGGCAUGCGAGUUAAAUUAUAUUUCAUUGUUUUAAUGAAAGUAGUAUGUCAGUUUAAUUAUAUGGAUAAAUGUGACAAUUACAUUUAAAAACUACGUUAUAGUAUCGAUAUGCGAUUGACAGUAUUUUAGUUUUGUAAAUGCAGGUUUUGUGUAAAAAUUUAGAAGUAAGAUUUAUAUGGGACCAAUGACAAGUCAACGCUAUAAAUGCAUUUUGUUUAAUCAAAACAUAUUACAAUGUUUAUUAACUUAUGUCAGUACAAACAAACGCAUUAUGGAAACUCACAAUUUUUACAAUAAACUUUUAUAAAUA